AUGCUUUGGUUCGAAGAUUACGAUAACUCGUCUUUCGAGGGUCCCUUGGUAGGGACGGAGAUGGUUAACGCUUAUCGCAACUUCAACAUCGUCGCGAGACCUACCUAUCUUAUCAUUGGCAUCCUCCUCUUACUGACUUCAUCCGUGGUCGUCGGGAGACGGGUGAAUACGAUUUACAAUUUCAUCUUUCCCAACCGAAAUGGAGGGCCUGAUUCGGAUCAACCUCAGCCGCCGUGGUAUGAACUGGUAGAAGAAUAUGCUGUGGAGAGUGAAGAGGAAGAAGAGAACGAUAACUGGCUGUUGUCAUGA